ACUCACUUUUCAUAUAUUGUUCCAUGCUCUGAAGGACUCUCUGCAAAUCGGCCGGAAGUUUGCAGCACUUCAGCAUUUAUCUGCACUGUGGAGGAUGAUGCAGAUAUUUUUAUCGGAUCAAUCAAUCACAAGGCUAGUAGUCUGAUGAUCUAGAGGCUUUCAGCACUUCUGAAUUUACAACUUUUAAUUUGCACUGAUUUGUCAUCAUGAGAGCACUUUUCUUUAUCACCCUGUCCUUCGUUCUGCUGGCGGUAAAUGGGCAGUCUAGUAGGUACGGUGACAUCGACCUCUGUACAAUAAAGUACGUCAAACCAGGCGAAGACUUCCAGAUAGAUUGCAGAUCCGACUCAGCAUUGUCUUCUAGGAUAAUCACUCCCCAAGAUUCCGUCCCAGACGAGGCUUCGUUGCAGGCUCUGAAUAAUGCGCUAAGCUCCGAACCCGAAACGACUAUAGUUAUCAAGGAGUACCAGGACGCCACAAAAGGAGUCCACGACGGAUUCUACACCUGCGUAGUGCACCAUCCAGGAAGAUGGUCCGUACAGGAGUGUGAAGUUGUGAUAAAGGACCUCUGCGAGGACAACGAGUGCGGGGAGCAUAAGAAGUGCGAGCCGGACUACGAAACAGGAACUGUGGAGUGCACGUGUGAUUAUAAGUGUCCAAUGACCUUUAAUGUUCUCUGCAGCAGCACCUGCGAGGUAUUCUGGCACGAGUGCGCUAUGGAGGAGCAGACGUGCAUCGACGGAAAGGAACGAGAGGUCCUCAACAGUGGAUUCUGCCCAAAUAAAGUGGAGCCUGUAAUUCGCCAAAUCAACGAAGACAUUGACGCAGAAAGCGAGGAUAUUGUCAACUUAUCAGCCGGUCUUAUUACAGAUGGUGUGCCAAUGGCGCAUAUCAGUUGGGUGUUCUAUCCGGAGAAUGGACUGCCAACGUACUUAAGGGGUGAGGAGAACUACGAGUUCACUUACAGCGAAGAAACGUGCGGAAAGUACGUGGCAACUGUGAUGCACUGCAUGAACGAGGAAGAGGCUGUCGUCAACGAAUACAGAGUGAGGUGUGCAAUAAAACCUACCACUCAACCAUAUGUAACUAGUACAGCCGGAGCGGACAACCUGGAAAUAAUGGAACCCCGCCAUGUCUGCAGUCUUCUCCCUGGCGGAGUCCUGGAAGACUUCAACAGCAGGGCCCACUUCUACGAUCUCUCCUGCACCCACAUCCUCGCAGCUGACGCUAUACCUGGCGGAGACUACUCCAACCCUUGGUUCAUUUACGGAACUUUUGACGUGAUAGACGGAAAGACAGCUCUGAUGUCUAUGACAUUCUACAUCGGCAGGAAUAUCUUUGAGGUUCAGAGAGGCUGGGUGGUGAUCUCGCAAGAAGGAUCCAAGAUGGCGAUGGAAGAAGGAGUUGAGCAGGAGUUGGGUGAGUCUGGCUGCUCAGUGGUAUUCGCGGAGUUCCACCUUCAAGUGACGUGUCCUUACUUCCUCGCUUUCUACGAUGGUCUGAUGUCUGGUCAUAUCAAGCUGCUGAGUGAUGCGAGUACUGGUGAUUUCCAGAAGAGUCUUGCUAACAUGGGGCUAUGUUUCGACGGCGACUCUGGCUGGAGAUCUAACUGGCAGGUAGGUGAGAUGAAUGGGGAGUGCCACGUGGAUACAGAAGCUCCAGCCUGUGAGGCAUCAGGCAGCUGCACACAGUCCCGACCUCCUGCAGUCUUCGAUCAAGCAUGGACUGCUUGCGGAGUAGGAGCUGAAGGAGCUUGCAGCGAGCUGAACUGUGACGGAGCCACCCCUACCCCUCAACAGAAGUGCGCUUUGGAACAGGCAGACAGGAUCAACUGUGCACUGAAGCUGGGCAUGUCAACAGAUGGCCAGGGAGCGGAUACCUCGUGUCCUGAUGACGCAUGUGAGUGGAUGCAGAAUGUUGCUGACCAAGGAUGUCCCCAGAAAAAUCUUCCCUUCGAUUGCUUAGAAGAGUAAUCGAGUAGAAACCCUAUUAAACUAUACCUUUCCUGGUUGUUAUCUUACAUUUUAGUCGAUAUUAAAAUUUUGUCGUUGAUAACUUUAUAAACGGAUGUAUUAUCCAACUAUCAGUAUUUGUUUACUAAUUGAUUGAAAGCCCCUCGUAAGGGGGUUGUCUCUAAUGGAAUAAUUUAUUUUUUUUGGGCUAAUGGACUAAUUUAUUAUUUUGUUUGAAAUUCAAUCUUCUUGCUGAAUAGAAAUGUAUCAUUAUAUCAAUUCAAUAAUUUCUUAUUUUUACGGUGUAUUCAUGUAAACACCGAACGAACAUAAUUUUGCAGUUUUC